GCGGGCCCGCGCGCCGCCCGCAGCCCGGCGCGUGACUCCGCCCACACCCGCCCCUCCCCGGGCCCGCCUCCGCGACGAGUCCUCGCCGCGACGCCCGAGCGCAGCCUUCCGCGCAGCCCCGCCAGCCAGCUCGGCGCGAUGGACAAUCGCAUGCGGCUCGUGAAGGCCCUGCUGGCCCGGCCGCUGCGGCCCGCGGCGCGUCGCUGGAGGAACCCGAUCCCCUUUCCCGAGACGUUUGACGGCGACACCGACCGGCUGCCGGAGUUCAUCGUGCAGACGGGCUCCUACAUGUUCGUGGACGAGAAGACGUUCUCCAGCGACGCGCUCAAGGUGACGUUCCUCAUCACCCGCCUCACGGGGCCCGCCCUGCAGUGGGUGAUCCCCUACAUCAAGAAGGACAGUCCCCUCCUCAGUGAUUACCGGGGCUUUCUGGCCGAGAUGAAGCGCGUCUUUGGCUGGGAGGAGGACGAGGACUUCUAGGCCGCCGGAGCCUCGGGCCCGGGGCCGGCUGCCCUGGGGAGGGUGGGCUGCCCGCCGGCCGCCGCCAGGGUCGCCGCGGGCGGCCCCCGCCGCGCUCGCGCCCGAGUCGAGUCCCGCCGCCCCCCUGCUCCCCGAGUCGCCGCGGCGUCCCCUCGCCCCCGCCCGCCCGCCCGCGUCGUGCUUGCCUUUGUUCCAGGAAUAGCGCUCCAGGCUGGCGCUGCUGCCUCUGGGCCUGGCUCUGGACAGCGCCGCCGCCCUGCCCGCUGCCGCCGGCCCGGCCUGUGCCCUGCACCGGGGGCCGCCGUCCGGCCCUCGGGCUGCAGGCUGGGCCCCCGCCGCGCGGCCGACGACCAACCACGCACCGCCGGCCGCCCCCCGCCAGCCCGCAUCGCUCUGCCCACGCACCUGCGCCGCAGCCGCCGCAGCCGCCGCCCCCGGCCUCCCGCCGACAGACUGCUCUUCUGAGCCACCUGGACUCCCCUCCGAGGGGUCUGGGCUGGCCGCGGCCCUCGGACCCCGACUCCGACAGCCGGCUGCCCGGCGGGGCCAGCCGGCCUUCCACCAUGAGUGAGGCUGCGCCCCCUUCUCCCAGAGACACCUUGUGUUCCUGCUAGAUGUCUGCCAGAACCUGGGUUCUCCUGGCACUCCUGGCACUCAUAUUCUCCUGUGGACCAAUUAGUUUUCCCAAGAAUCCCGUUUUCUGAAUGUGCAGCUGUCUUUCUAAUGUGUGCCUUUUGUUCAACACAGUAACCCCUGCACUCUUUCCGGCUCUUCUCUACUACCUGUACAAAAACCUUUACGUACUUUCAAUAAAUGUCAAACUAUUAACAAAGGAA